AUGAAUUCCCCUACCGCUGGUAAAGUCCUCAAGCAACUUGCAUCGGAGGUUCGUUUGCAUUCAUCUCACCCGAAGAUAUGCAGUGAUUCCCAAUUGAUGAAGUACAUUCUCAGCCAGUACGAGCGCUACAAGGUAACUGAUCAGCAGCUAUGCAAAGCCCAAGAGGAAAUGAGCAGCCUUGCUAAAACUUACCUGUGUUAUCUACAAAGCACGCGACGUACUGCGGAAAUUCGGCAAGUAUACAAAGGAAAGGGAGAACGAUCUGUUCAGGAAACUGCUGAUAUGGUUGGUUUCAAACUACCACAUGAUCCAAAAUGA